AUGGCUAAAGUUCUUUGUUUACACGGUUUCUUACAAAAUGGUAAAGUCUUUUCAGAAAAAUCAUCAGGUAUUAGAAAAUUAUUGAAAAAAUCAAAUAUUCAAUUAGAUUAUAUAGAUGGUCCAAUUAUCUUAGAAAAAAAAGAUUUACCUUUUGAAAUUGAUGAUGAUAAAUGGAAAGAAAUUUUAGAUGCUGAUUUAAAUAAAGCUUGGUUUUAUCAUGAUAAUAUCUCCAAGAAUUUAGAUUUAACUGAAGCUAUCCAAACAGUGGUUAAUCAUAUUAAAACUAAUGGUCCAUAUGAUGGUAUUUUUGGGUUUAGUCAAGGUGCUGCUGUCACUGCGAUUAUAAAUAACAAGAUUAAAGAAUUAAUUCCUGAACAUCCAUAUUUUAAAUUUGCAAUUACAUUUUCUGGUUAUUCAUUUACAGAACCAAAACCAAAUAAUUCAGAAGAAUUACAAAUCACUGAAAAAUUUCAAGAUUCAUUCACUGUUCCAUCUGAUCUAACUACAAAAAACAUAUUUGUCUAUGGUGCUAAUGAUAAUUCAGUUCCUGGUGUUAGAUCUAAAUUCUUAAGUAAAUUAUACCCACAAGAUAAUAAAAUUGUAUUUGAACAUGAUGGUGGUCAUUUUGUUCCAAAUAAAAAGGAUUUCUUGAAACCAAUUGUUGAGGAAAUCACUAAAGCCAUUGAAAACUAG